AUGAUGAUGGAUGCAUACGGCGCCGCUGACGCCGUUCAGAACGCCCCCUCUUCUUCUGCAUUAGAUGACUUCUACGCCAGCGACGCGCCGCAGCACCACAUGUUUCCGGCCUCCUGCGACACCUCGACGCAGCAGAGUCAAGCGGAUCAGCUCAGCUCUCCUCCCCCGCCAGCAGAGACCAGAGCCACCGUUUGCCUGGGCGGCGCCCCGCCCUCACCCUCUCAGCUCAGCGGAACCCUCGACAGCCACAAAACCCCUGGCGGUGCUAAGUUCGCUGUUUCUCAGGUUCAUGGGGUGUAUCUUACACUGCAUCGUUUGGUGCUGAGUCGAUGCGCUCCAUGGGCGGAGUUUUUUUGUGCUUCUUCUUUUCAGCGGCCCGGCAACGAUAGGAGACACAUCGAUUCCUCGUAA